UUUUGUUCACUAUUUUAUUUUAUUUCUUUAAAUUUAUACAAUUAUAAUCGUGUCAAUUGUAUGUUUUUGUAACGGAUUUACUUUCCAAGACGUAACCGGCUCCGAGAUAUCACUUGAGAAAACAGUAAUGUACUUUUUACGAUAUAAAAUUUCAAGGGAGAAAUAUCUUCGUAUUCGGCAUAUUAGAAUGCGGACACGUUUUCUGAAUGAGCGGUUACGUUCGCCUUGUAUUUGUUUACUGAAGGAAAUGGAAUUGUGAAAAAUUCCUAGUUUUAGAAUUUUAAGAUAAAUAUUUCUUUCAAGAUACAUGUAUAUAAGACUAAUGUUCAGCAGAUGUAACGAUUGACUUAUGAAAAGUUGAUUUAAUUCAAUAGAUCUCAUGUGUAAUAGACAGUAUUAGAUAUUCAAUAGAUCUCAUGUGUAAUAGACAGUAUUAGAUAGGAUAUAACCGCAGGCAAUCAUCGCUUAACGUAUACAAUUGUUACAUCUGCUGAAUAGAUUUUUUGUUUUAAUACUUUUUUGUCUAAUAUUAGUUUUCAACUAUUUCUUACCAAUUUUUUGCAAAAUGUAAUUAAUUGAUUUUAUUUCAUUAUUUUUAAAUAAAAAUGAUCAGAACAGUGAAAUUUUUGUUAAAAUGUUAUUUUAUAAUUAAUUUUUUAAUUAUGUUUUAAAAUAAAGCUAGAUUUGAUCCGAAAAAAUGGCUCAAAGUGGUCAAAUUUCAAAUAAAAAAGAAACAAAAUUUUGAUAUAACGUAAACAAAUGAUUACCGGGGGUGCUACGGAGGCACCUAUCAUAAUCUACCAACAAAACUAAAUAAUUAUUUUGGUUGUACUGUGUAAUGAAAAAAAUGUGUUGAUACGCAGGAAAAUUUGUAUUUUGUGACUGAAUCAAAAUAUGAAAUAAAUAUGAAAAAAGUUCUUUAAAGAUGUGAUAUCAGAAUCAAUUAAGUCGCGAGCUUGGAAGCCGUUUGUAUGAUAUAUCAUGAAAAUCUUGGCAUUAAUUAUAUGAAAAAUAUCUCGUUAGUUCUGAAACAGAGAGCUAAUAUUAUUAUUGAGGACAUAAACGUACUUUCCUUGAUAACUUGCACAGUUGUGACUGCAUCUGGUUUCAGUUUAUCUUUAUGGUUUCUAUAUAAUUUAAAAAUAUUAAAAAUAUAUAGAUAAAUAAUUUUUAAUUUAUCCAAAUAUAUCACACAUGCAUGGUAUCUUUUAUUGCUUAACAAUAUUUUCCUCAAAUUUGCAAUACGCAAUGUGCACAGGUUUAAGGAAGUAUACGCGAUAAACGAUAAAUAUAUAUCCUCGUCUUCUACACCUAAUCAACUAUCUCGGAAACUUAUACAUCCUUCAAUAUGUGACAAAUGGACAAGACAUCAUAAUUACGAAGCAUAAAAAUAAUCAUAUACAUAUAUCGCAUGAUUUCUUUCAAUAAAUAUGUCGCGUAUUUAUUGCACUGUGUAGAUCGCGUACGAUUUUCAAUUUUGUGAAUUUCUUAUCGAGGAACAGCGUUAAUAUAACUAUAUAUUUAAUUUGUAUAACGUCAUUUCAAAAUCGUCUUUUCUUCCGCUAUUAUUUCCACGAUUCUCAUGGUGAAAUUGUUCAACUGCAAAUCUGAUAUCUCGAUUAUAUGCUGUAGUAUUAUGUUUCAGUAUUUAAAUUCUAAACGAAUAAAUACAAAAAUAAAGCCUAGUAAGUCUAACGGAAGUAAACAAUCCCUCGAUUUGUCACAUAUAUACUCUGUCCUUCAUAUUAGUGGUUGAAAGUCACAGUUUCUUCGGCUAUCCGGUAUUCUAAUAAACAGACAUGUGUUGCCAGACAAAGGAAAACAUGAGCAAAGGUAGAACUAUAUAACUGCUGUCAGUUCACAACGGUCCGUUACAGAGGAUUAUUAGGAGCUGUAGAGUGACUCUGCUAAAAUGGAUAUUCUUUCAACAAAUAAUGAUCCAUACAGCUGUGCGCUACCAGUAUACAUAUGCAAGAGCCAUGUUCCCAUGCCAAGACACACCGUCUGUUAAGACUACGUAUUCAGCUAAGAUUUCAACACCAAAGGAUUUUAGAGUUAUAAUGUCCGCAAAGUUGAGAAAUAUAAUUCACACUCAAGACCAAGUCAUGUAUGAAUUCUUUCAAAGGAGUCUAACACCAGCUUACGGGGUAGUUAUUGCUGUGGGAUCACUAGAGGCGGCGAGAAAUGGUCCAAGAAUCAAUGUGUAUGCUGAAUCCAAAUUUAUCGAUGAAAGCCGCACGACGUUUGAUGAGAAUUUUGAAAGAAUGUUGGAGAUUGCCGAUGAGUUGUAUGGAUUGUCUUUGGAUAAACAAAAUAUAUGCGUGCUUCCACCAACUAUCUCACCCAAGUAUUUCACAAUACAAUGUCGAAACAUGAUAUUUGUAUCGCCAUCCUUACUUCGCGGAGAUAUCUCUUUGAUCAGUUCACUUGCUCAGCAAAUCGCACACUUAUGGACCGAGCAUUUUGUUGUAAAUUAUGAUCAUAUGUGGUUGAGUAAGAGUAUCGGUAUGUUUAUUUACAAAAAGUUUAUAAACCGCAUGCCGAUUAAUGAGAAAAUAAAGGAGUUUUUACUAAUGAAAAUGGACCGCAAAUUGGUAAAAAGGAUUGAAGGAUACAAGGAUAUCGAUAUAUUACAAAAUUUAAUACCCAGAUUGGGAAAUAUUUCACCUAAUUAUCUCAUGGAACGUGUGCCUUAUGAAGUGGGAUGUAUGCUCUUGGAAAAGUUACAGCAUGAAUUAGGAGGACCAUUGAUAUUCGACAGAUAUCUUAAAUUAUAUUUGUAUACUUUUCUACACAGAAGUAUAAACACGCAAGAUUGGAUAAGACACUUGACUGAGUACUGUACUACUUUUUGUCCGACAAACGAGAUGGUAACUUCUUUUGAUUGGAGCAUAUACUUUUUUUACACAGAACCACUUAUUCCAAACAUUUCAAUAACCGCGUUGGAAACAGCAUGUUUCAAUUUAGCGGAAGAAUGGACAAGAUGUGAUGAUAAUGCCAAAAAUAUACCUCGUAAAUUUAUAGAAGUAACAUCUUAUUCUGAUAUUGAGAAAAUAGAAUUAUUAAAAUACCUAUAUGAUUCGUCUGUCGGCCUGACCGUGAUCAAGAUAAAUUUAAUGUCAAAUUUUUAUGAGUCCCAUGAGUCCCACACUUAUGAAAUACGGUUCCGUUGGAUACGUUUGUGUAUCAAAAAUCGAUGGGAACCUAUAAUUGAUACUGCCUUGAAUUUCGCCAUUCACUUUUGUACGCCAAAGUAUGCGUGUUCUAUAUUUGAAGAUUUAUACAACUGGAAAGAAAUACGUCUAAUAACGAUCGAAGCAUAUAGACGCAACGAGAAAAAGUUCGUUCAUGAAACACAGGAAAAAAUAAAUUCAAUUCUGCUAAAUUGACAUACAUUAAGAACCAAAUCAUAUUUCCUUUUUAUAAAGUCUAAGAUUGAAAACGAGUUGAUGCGCAACAGGAUAUAAUGACAAUUCUUAUUGUCUAAAAAUAUUUAAAUUUGUAAAAAAAAAUUAAUUAUAUAGAAUAUAAAUAAUUUGUUAAUAAUC